AUGUCAAAUGUUAAUGCUUGCACUUCAUGUGGUUCGAAAGAAAUUUCUCUCGUAGAUGGUUUCUUUUACUGUGAUAUUUGUGGCGAACAGAUUCAGACCCGCCGAGAGAUAGAAGCCGAUGAGGAUGUUGCUUAUUCUUUCAAUUUCGGGAAACUACCUGCUCUUAAGAAGAAAACUCCUCAUAAAAAAAAAACAGAACGGAGUACAGAGAAUCGUAGGGGCUUAGACAUCUCGGACACUGAAAAAUCUUAUUUGGCAUCAGUUGUCGGAAAGGACAGUCCGACUGUUUUAGAAAGAACUGGUUCUCGGCUUGCCACUUUCAGCAUGCUGGUCGGGCGGUACUGCAGUAUCUUGAUACGUGAUUUUGGAGUGCCGCCAGUUGUCACGAAGCAUGCUUUAUACCUACUUCAAACGUACUUGAAGAAGUUUCAUAUCGCUUUCUGCGAUGAGGAGAUCAACGAUGGUCAGUCAUAUAAGAGGCUAAUAAAAAAUAAAGCCUAUCGGAAACAAGUAUUAGAGGCAAAAAAAAGAAAACUGGAUAAAGCAGAGAUGGAAAUGUCGAAAGGCACCAAUAUUCUUUCUCAUCUAACGGGCGACAUGAAUGAUGAGGGUGGUGCGACGGAAGCUGUAAGUGCAGUUGAGUUGCUAGAAACUAAGUUGAACUCUUUAUCUGUUUCACAACUUGCAGUUUUUCAAGAAAACGGGUUUUUAUGCAUUUUUUUGAAUUUUGCAGCUGUUGAAAGUGCUAACAUAGAGAGGAAAAUAUUGCUUGUUGAUUUUACGUGGCCGACCCCGGUUCCUUUACGAAGUUUGUGCAAGAUCUUGAAAAUUCCUACGGACGGUGGGAAUGGGCAGAUAAAUUACGACGAAAUCAAAAUGUCUGCAUUACCAUUGUCGGAUGAAAUUCUUAUAACGAUGUUGUAUAUUUCCUGCUUAUGUGCUGGAUGCACUUGGAUGUUACCAUCUGAUUUAUCACGGUGGUUUAGGGAAGGAAGAUUACCGAUGAGCCAUCUUCAAAGACUAGCAUUACUUCCCGAAAAUAGGGACAAUAAACGUCAACAGAAUUACACGAUUACUUUCCUCACAGCUGCUGUUUCAAUUUCACCACUGUAUCGGCAAAUCCACACUAUUUUUGCAUUGUCUCAGAUGACACAGGUGCCAGAUCAGCCGAUCCAAAUGAAUUUUGAACAGAUAAUUUUGCGGCUGUGUUUCAACCUCAAUCUUCCUAAUGAAUUUAUGGAGCGCGUAAGAGUGUUAUGCGAAAAGUGCCCUCCCUCAGUCUCAUUCAGCGAAAAAUUCUCAAGACAGUAUGGUGUAUUUGACUGUGAGAAAUUUUUGGACGCUUCAUUUAGUUUGUCACGAAGGCAGGUUAUAUUUGGGUUCGAAUGGAAUCGUUGUCCCGAUUUGAAAAAGGGCAUGCAAAAGAGCUAUUUUAGGGAUUUGGAAGAACCUUUAUUUCCAUCCUUGGAGGUUAAAGCGAUGGCCAUCAUUUUAUUUGCACUAAAACUUAUGUUCGGAUUGGAUGACGAUCGAGAGUACAAUAUGAGAGCCGCAGUUCGACUUUAUCAGUAUUUUGAGAUUUUUAAUUCAUCUGGAAAGAAUGUUUUUGAAUUUUCUACGUGGCUGCACCAGCUAACGAUGCGUAUGAAAGUUUGGGGUGGUCGAGGCCUUUUAGAAGUUAUUGGAAAGAGAUACAGACCUUUUGGAGAUGAAGAUGAUUUCGAAACAGGUGUUCCACAGUCAGCUAAAUGUUUUGAUUUCCCUCAUGAAAUUUUAAGAAAGCCAACGAGUGAACAACGUGAAUUAUUCGCAUUUAAGGGGUGUAUUCCCAAUCGUGAUAUCAAGCAAGAAAAAGAGUACUCUUUUUAUAAAAUUUUUGCUGACGAUUUGGAACCUAAACCUUCAAGAUUUCUGGACUUGGAAGCUUUAAUUGUGCCGUUAAGGUUUCAAGCGACUAGGAACUUGGAAUGGUAUGAGGAGUUCUGUGAAGGCAGUUGUCCAAAUGAGGAUGAUGUUGACAGGUACAAUGCUGAAGUUUACUUCAAGUCAUUUGAAAACUGUGAAAUGAAUUUUGGAGAAAUGAAGUUGGCUGCUACAGAUGCUGAACGAAAACAGUGCGUCUCAAAUGAGAAAGGAUCUGAUUCAGAGGAAGAAAUAAAUGAAUGGCGUAAUCUAUUUCCAUCGUCCACUUGCUAUGUUUGUUAUCCCCGUCCGACUUAUUCCACCAAUCUUUGUCGUAUUAGCACAGAAGAGCCGAAUGUCAUAGAACCAUGCAUUUAUUUAAGCGCGUCAAAGAAUAUCCUGAAUAACGCACAGUCGAGUUUCAGUGAGACAUUUGAAUGCCUUCUUCAGACAUUUGCUAGUAUUAUAGGAGAAGAGAAAAGUGUAUUAUAUGCCUUCUACCUCAUGUUGGAGAUGCAGUUCUUAGAUCCAGAAACGCUUGAAGAACUUGACGUCCGCGUCAGAGAAAGUGAGAGCGUCACACUCCUCAGUGUUAACUCUUCGCCUUCCAGAGGGGUUGUCAAUCGCUUAUUGAGAUUAAAAAGCUAUAACAAAGACUGCGCUGAAGUUGAUUCACGUGAAACCUCCAAAACUCAUACAAGUGUUUCCUUCCCGCGGCUCUCUGUAUCUGGGUUUGGCAAAAGGAAAAGGGAUUCUGCCACUAGCCGAUACAGAAAGUCGGUUGUUAACGAAAAUUCUUCAAAAAGAUGGCAUCUCCGUUCGCACACCAGACGUUUGGACGGUCUUCAUGAUGAAGCAAGUGCAGAAAAAUCUUCUAAUCAAGAAGUUAUAUCGAUGGACGAAGAACUGCAGAAUUCUUUUGCAGAUUUUGAUACUUCUGACACAGAUUCCUGGUCGCCUAGAAUAGCGAAUCCUAGGAAAAAAAUACCGAAUCCCACGAAGACAAUACCAAAUCUCAGGAAGAAAAUACCGAAAAAACAGAUAGGAGCCAGCUCUACUGCUGCUGAAGUAUUGGAAUCUAUGGGCAAAGAACAUCUGGAAAAUGUGCAACACUGUCUGGCCCAAACUUUUAUAAAGAAUCUGCCCCAAACUUCAGUCGUUUUGCAAGUCGUAAAUCGCCAACGCUGUCUCGUGUCCUUCGACUUGUUAUGCACUGAUUCCCCAGCUGACUUCUUCCGUGAAGCAUUUCGGCAUCCACUCGAAAAGUUGGCGAACAGACUGCACAAAAGCGGUUUUCCAGAAAGCGGCGAGUUUCCUCAAAGGAAGUUCUCAAAACAAAUAUCUCUUGCGAAGAAAUAUUUGGCAUUCAGCGGCGACUGUGGAAGAGACGAAAUGAGGCAAGCAAAAACACGUAUGCGCGCGGGAGUUCUACGAAAUCUUCAAAAUCUUUCUACAUGCUUUCAAAAAAAAAAAGCGUCAUGGUCUAAGUGA